ACAAUAUUAUUAUUCUAUCAUUUUGUGCGUACACCAUAACAUAGAAUAGAAUAUCACAUGAUUGUACUACCAUUAGCAUAGCAUAGCAUAGCAUCCAUUAGCUUAGCUAGCAGCAACAUAACAUAACAUAGCAUAGAUAGAGAGAGUCUUUUGUUUUUCUUGUCACGCAAAGAAAGAAAGAAAGAAAGAAAAAAAGAAUUCACAUUUCAUUUCAUUUCGUUCCAUCUCCAUCACACAUAUCAUUUUCCUCCCUUCUUCCCUCUUCCACCCAACCGUACUUCCCGCACUUUCCCAAUUUCACUCACACCACUCAUCAAUCAUCAAAGGUUCAAUUCAACAAAACUUCUUUUCUUUCUCUUAAUUACUAGAUAGAUUCUUUGCAACAAAAUUUCAUACUCUACUUCACUUAUCAUGCUUAAUUUUACUCUUUCUUGAUCUAUGGGUAACAACAACAUAUUCUAUCUUAAUUUCACUUAAUUUUAUAAUUACCUUACUUCUCUGUUUCUUUCAAAUUCUCAAUUUUUAUUAUGGAAGCUUUUCAACUGUACGGUAAUGGUACUGGUACUGGUGGUGGUGGUUCCUCUGAUUUAAGGCCUAUGGAGAAAAGAUCAGACUGGGAUUUGAAUAAUUGGAAUUGGGAUGGUCAUCUUUUUUUAGCUACUAGUAAAUUGACUCCUGUUCCAGAACAUAGACAGUUUUUACCUCUUCCUGUUGGUGGUGGUGGUGGUGGUGGUGGCGGUGGUUCGUCUAAUUCGAAUAGUUCAUCUUCUUGUUCUGAACAGUUAGAUCUUGGGAUUUGUCAAGGGAACAAGGAAGGUGAGAGGAAGAGGAGGGUUAUUGUUGUGGAGGAUGAUGAACUUGGUUUGAAUAAGGAAGGUGCUAGUUUAAGUUUGAAUCUUGGUGGUGGUGGUGGUAGUGGUAGUGGUGUUCAGGUGGCUGCUACAUGGGAAGGAAAUAUUGGGAAGAAAAGUAGAGUAGCAGCUGGUGGAGGUAGUUCUAGUAGAGCAUUUUGUCAGGUGGAGGAUUGUCGCGCAGAUCUCAACAACGGGAAAGAUUAUCAUAGACGUCAUAAAGUUUGUGAGAUACACUCCAAGGCUAGUAAGGCACUUGUCGGAAAUGCUAUGCAGAGGUUCUGCCAACAAUGUAGUAGGUUUCACUUGCUUCAAGAGUUUGAUGAAGGAAAGAGAAGCUGUCGGAGACGUUUGGCUGGCCAUAAUAAAAGAAGGAGAAAAACAAAUCAGGAUGCUGUUCCUAAUGGAAGUUCACCGAACGAUGAUCAGACUAGUAGUUAUCUGUUGAUAAGUUUAUUGAAGAUACUUUCAAAUAUGCAGCCUGACAGGUCAAAUCAGACCGCAGAUCAGGAUCUGCUUACUCAUCUUUUAAGGAGUCUUGCCAAUCAGAAUGGUGGACAAGGGGGAAGGAACUUGUCUAACCUUUUACGGGAACCUGAGAAUCUGUUGAAAGAAGGGUCUUCAUCUGGGAAGUCUGAGAUGGUUUCUACUUUAUUAACGAAUGGUUCUCAAGGUUCUCCAACUGUUACAGUACAGAAUCAAGCAGUUUCUAUUAGUGAAAUUCAGCAUCAAGUGGUGCAUACACAUGAUGCUAGGGCUGCUGAUCAACAAACCACAUCCUCUGCAAAGCCCGGUGUUUCAAACAGCCCUCCGACUUACUCAGAAGCAAGAGACAGUACUGCUGGACAGGCCAAGAUGAAUGAUUUUGAUCUGAAUGACAUCUAUAUUGACUCAGAUGAUGGCAUAGAGGAUAUAGAAAGGUUGCCUGUCACUGCAAAUAUUAUUACUAGUUCUCUUGAUUACCCAUGGAUGCAACAGGAUUCACAUCAGUCAAGUCCACCUCAAACAAGUGGAAAUUCAGAUUCUGCAUCUGCUCAGUCCCCCUCUAGCUCCACUGGCGAAGCUCAGAAUCGCACGGAUCGGAUUGUUUUUAAACUCUUCGGUAAAGAACCAAGCGAUUUUCCUCUUGUAAUCAGAGCACAGAUUCUUGACUGGUUAUCCCACAGUCCAACUGAUAUUGAAGGCUAUAUACGGCCUGGUUGUAUCGUUUUGACUAUUUAUCUGCGUCAGGCUGAGGAUGUGUGGGAGGAGCUUUGCUUAGAUCUGACUUCCAGUUUGAAUAGCCUUCUGGAUGUCUCAGAUGAUGAUUUUUGGAGAACUGGAUGGGUUCACAUCCGGGUGCAGCAUCAGAUGGCCUUCAUUUUCAACGGCCAGGUUGUCAUCGAUACAUCCCUACCUUUCAGGUGUAACAAUUAUAGUAAAAUUUUGAGUGUUAGCCCAAUUGCUGUACCAGCAUCAAAGACAGCUCAGUUUUCUGUGAAGGGUAUCAACCUGACUCGUCCUGCCACUAGGUUAUUGUGUGCCUUAGAAGGGGAUUACUUGGUCUGUGAAGAUACUCAUGAGUCUAUGGAUCAGUGCUCCAAGGAUCUUGAUGAGCUUCAGUGCGUCCAAUUUUCAUGUUCUGUCCCUGCGAUGAAUGGGCGAGGAUUUAUUGAGAUUGAGGACCAGGGUUUGAGCAGCAGUUUUUUUCCUUUCAUAGUUGUGGAGGAGGAUGUUUGCUCUGAAAUCUGUGUGCUUGAGCCUUUAUUGGAAUCAAGUGAUACUUAUCCAGAUGUGGAAGGGGCUGGAAAAAUUCAAGCAAAAAAUCAAGCCAUGGAUUUCAUUCAUGAAAUGGGUUGGCUUCUCCACAGAAGCCAGAUAAAAUCUAGGACGGUUCACUUGAAUUCUAGUGUGGAUCUGUUUCCAUUAGAUCGAUUCAAAUGGCUCGUGGAGUUUUCUGUGGACCAUGAUUGGUGUGCAGUAGUUAAAAAGCUAUUGAACCUCAUGCUUGAGGGAACUGUGAGUACAGGAGACCACACGUCCCUCUAUCUUGCACUUUCAGAGUUGGGUCUCCUUCACAGAGCUGUGAGGAGAAAUAGCAGGCAGUUGGUGGAGCUUCUUUUGAGAUAUGUCCCUCAAAAUGUUUCAGAUAAACUAGGACCUGAAGACAAGGCGCUGGUUAAUGGAGGGAAUAAAAACUUCUUGUUUAGACCUGAUGCUGCCGGUCCUGCUGGUCUGACACCACUCCAUAUUGCAGCCGGGAAAGAUGGUUCUGAGGAUGUACUUGAUGCUUUGACUAAUGAUCCUUGCAUGGUGGGAAUUGAAGCGUGGAAUAGUGUUCGUGACAGCACGGGUUCAACACCUGAGGAUUAUGCACGUUUACGUGGUCAUUACACUUAUAUUCACUUGGUGCAGAAGAAAAUCAACAAGAGACAAGGAGGGGCUCAUGUGGCGGUUGACAUUCCUAGCAAUCUGACAAUGUUUGAUACAAGUCAGAAGAAAGAUGAAUCAUCCACCACCUUUGAAAUUGGAAAUGCUGAUGUUAGAAGUCUCCAAAAGAACUGCAAACUUUGUGAUCGUAAGUUAUCGUGUAGAACUGCUGUAAGGAAGUCUUUCGCAUACAGACCUGCAAUGCUGUCAAUGGUGGCCAUAGCUGCGGUCUGUGUCUGUGUGGCUCUUCUGUUCAAAAGCUCGCCCGAAGUUCUGUAUAUAUUCCGACCUUUCAGGUGGGAAUCGUUGGAGUAUGGAACAAGCUGAGACAGGUUAACCUACAACGUAAUUUGACAGACAAUUUAAUAGGAUGCCUUCAUAUACUGUUUCUUUAAAUGACUAAGUUGGGUUAUGUUAUUUACAAAUUUAUUAUUGAUAUGCUUCAUUGUGAGACUGCAUGUGUGGAUUUGCUUGUAUUGUCUUCUCAAACUCCAUUUGGCUAAAUCAUUGUACAAUAGUCUAAUAUUUGUAUGCUGCAGUGCAGCCUCCUCUUUUUAUAAUGAGGUUAUUAUUAUGCGGCGUGUA